UAAGCUUAGCUCGCUAUCUCGACAACUCGCGGGGACUGUGCAAUUGAGCAAAGCAAACAUGUCUGAGAAGAACUUGGACCUGGGCGUCAAGAGUCAAGGUGCGGACUAUGGCGUACACGAUCCACAUGCGGCCAGUCGAAGGAGGAGCUCGGCUGUUGGUCCUGAGGUCAUUGAAGGCGAGAUCUUUGAUGAUCGUUAUGAGACUACGCAGCGAGGGUUGAAGUCACGCCAUGCGCAGAUGAUUGCAUUGGGUGGCACAAUCGGCACCGGUCUCUUCGUUGGUUCGGGUCAGACUCUCGCCCGUGGAGGUCCAGCCUUCAUCCUCGGUGCAUACAUCUUCAUGUCGUUCCUGAUCUUCUGUGUUGUCACCUGCAUCAUCGAAGUCGCCGCCUACCUCCCCACUCCUGGCUCCUCCAUGAACCUCUACGGCUACCGCUAUGUCUCGCGCUCAAUGGGUUUCGCUCUUGGUUGGCUGUACUUUUACUCGCUCGGCAUCUUAGUUCCCUACGAAAUCACAGCGGCUGGUCUCGUGAUUGACUACUGGAAUCCGUCGGUCAAUAUUGCAGUCUGGAUCACGAUCAUGAUUAUUGUCAUUGUGGCGUUGAACUGCUUCCCUGUCAAAUUUUACGGAGAAACGGAGUUCUGGUUCGCCGGUACAAAGGUCGUUAUGAUCGUUGGACUUCUGAUCCUCUCGUUCAUCUUGUUCUGGGGAGGUGGUCCGUCCAACGAUCGUCUGGGAUUCCGGUACUGGAAGAACCCUGGCGCGGCAAACACGUAUCUCGAAUCGGGUAACACUGGUCGAUUCAUUGCGCUGCUAUCGACAGUGGUUCUCUCUGCUUUCCCCUUCGCCUUUGCCCCAGAGCUCCUGGUCGUAACAGGCGGCGAGAUGGUAUCCCCUCGCCGAAACCUCCCCAUUGCCGCACGCCGAUACAUCUACCGUCUCCUGAUCUUCUACGUCGGCAGCGUCCUGGCCAUUGGCGUCAUCUGCCGCUCAGAUGACCCUAGCAUAACAUCCGGUGGAGCCGGUGCUGGCUCGUCGCCUUUCGUCGCUGGUAUCAAGAAUGCUGGAAUACCCGUCCUUGAUAGCAUCAUCAACGCCGGAAUCAUCAUCAGUGCCUGGUCAUCCGGCAACUCCUUCCUCUUCCUCUCCUCGCGAUCGCUAUACUCGCUCGCUCUUUCCGGAAACGCGCCUUCCAUCUUCAAGUCGUGUACAAAGUCCGGAGUUCCGUACUGGGCCGUCACCGCCUCGUCGCUCUUCUGCGCCCUGGCCUACCUCAACGUAGCAAGCUCCUCAGCCGUCGUCUUCACCUGGUUCGUCAACCUGACAAACACGUCCGGUUUCAUCUCCUGGAUCUGCUGCGGUAUCAUCUACCUGCGUUUCCGCAAAGCGUGCGAGGCGCAGAACGUCACGGAUCUCCCAUACAAGUCGCCUGUUGGCAGGUGGGGUGCGUGGAGCAUCAUCAUCGCCUUCACUUUCUUGUGUCUCAUCAACGGGUUUGACGUCUUCUGGCCUGAGAAGUGGAACAUAAGCUCCUUCUUCACUGCUUACGUUGGUAUCCCUAUGUUCUUGCUCUUCUACUUUAUACACAGGAUUUGGUCAUGGGGUGACACUUGGGCUCAUAACCCCAUGGAGGUGGAUCUGCAGACGGGUAUGGAUCGCGUGCUUGCGGAGGAGACACCGGCGAGCACGACAAAGGGUCCUUGGUAUAUGAAGAUUAAGCUUCUCUGGGAGUAGAUGCAGUAGUUCUGAUGUAGUUAGAAUGAGGAUUUAUCUGAAUUUGAAGUCUGCCUCCAUUG